GAUGUGGAUGCAUCUGAGAUCAAGGUUCAGGUGUGUGUGUAUGCCUUUGAUCUGCUGUACCUCAACGGAGAGUCUCUGGUGCGAGAGCCUCUAAGCAAACGCAGGGCUCUGUUACGAGAGAGUUUUGAGGAGAAAGAAGGAGAGUUUGUUUUUGCUCGAUCUCUGGACUCUGACAACACAGAGAGCAUUGCUGAGUUCCUGGAGCAGUCUGUACGAGAUUCUUGUGAGGGCCUAAUGGUGAAGACACUGGAAAAACAUGCAACUUAUGAGAUUGCCAAACGCUCCCACAACUGGCUCAAGGUAUCGCACACCACAGUGUGUUUAUGUUCAUAGUGAAAAUACUUUUUA